UUCCACAUUUCAGGCAAAGCUGGGGAAUUCCUUUCAGACAUCUUGGGGGGAUGUGUUAAGGGUAUAAAGAGUGGUUCAAGUAUCACAUUUCAAUUGCAGGGUCUCUUUACCAUACGCUCAUAGCCUGGUAAUACCAGAUUUUUAAUCAAAUUUCUCAGGAACUGCACGCCCGCGCCAUAUGUUUCGGCUGAUAAUUGAAUGUAUCGCAGCGAAGUAAUUAAAUUUGAAGCCCCAUAUCCCUCACAAAAGCGCGGUAUAACGUAAUUACUCUAGCUUGGAUCUCGUGCUAUAUCGCCCUCAGGGCUCUCGUUGCAGCAUUCUCUUCGACUGGUUGGAUAGGUCAAACAUCACACGCCAAGGAGACAUGAAUUUUAAGUCAAGGAAUUUACAUGAUCUGUGCAUUUUCCCGGUUCCCGCCGAUAACGAAUCAAUGUUACCCUUCCACGGAUCAUCUACUUUGCCACUAGCGUGCAGCAAGUCGGUGAGAAUAACAAGGAGGGAAUAAACGGCGGAAAAUGGACCCACAAUUGUGUCAGGAAUGUUGUCUUGUGGUCUGCAUUGGCUUGUGCAUUGCUAACGCCUUAGGAAGUUCCUCACAAGACUUAAUGACAACAGACACAGUUUGCCCGAGUGGUUUUACGUCCUUUGAGUCGUCAUGCUACCGUCUAGUUUCAGACUCACCAACAGAUGGAUACACAGCGCGUAACGAGUGCCAAAAUUUGGCUCCGGACAGCCAUCUCGGCUAUAUCCAGAGUCAAGCUGAACAGACAUUCCUUCAGGAAUGGGCAAAAGAACAUGGGGUGCGUAUCGACUACUGGUUCGGACUUACCUAUACCAGCGAUGUGGACCAUCCUAUGUGGCUGGACGGCAGCCCGAUUGGUAACUACACGGCUUGGGACCGUUUUGGUCCCUUAGACGAAGAAUCUCCCUGCGUGAGGCUCCGCCGUAGUAGUGAUUACCUCUGGAACGACAGGAAUUGCGACAACAGAUUCGGUUACAUCUGCGAACUUGAAAGAAGUGACAAUGACGUUGUUCCUCUGCCAACGCCUACGCGCGAGCCUGCAGCUUCUCCAACAUCAUACACAAAUUCGGGGAAUUUCAAGGCCGGUUCUGCAAACAUGGCUGCGCCCACAGACAAUUAUCUUCUGCGAAGACUGACGGUCGCGUCCCUGAUUCGUUGCAGCCAAUACUGCCUGAAAUACAACGCCUGUGCGAGCUUCAACUACAAGCUCGAUCAGUCCCAGAGAGAUUUUCAAGAAUUGCUACAUUCCUGUGAAUUGCUGUCGAAGCAGUUUUCGGACGACACACUGAUACAGAAUAAAGGUUUCAAGCAUUACAGACGUAAAACUAUGUAAACCAUAUGUGUAACAUGAAAAGUAAGAGAACUCCAAGUACAGGGUGAAGGGGCAAUAUGGUUCCAUGUGCACCUCUAAGUUUUUCUAUUACCUUACAUUUUUUUAACCUAUCGAGACAGCACCUUAUGUAGAUUGCCAUGGAAUAAACUCAUUUUAAUAGCGUGCUAGCACCUCCCAGUAAAAAUUGAUGCCAACCCCCUAACUACUUUUGGUCGUUAAUAGGACUCAUAUAUACUUAUUACGAACUUUGUAUUACAAAGCAUCGCUUAACUCAACGCACAUCUGUUCUGAUCGUUGGAGAGGUUGGGUUGUUCAUCGUUCUCACACUGCAUCUACACACAGUAAAGUUACAAAAGCAGGCAACAACAAGAGGAAAGCAGUGCUAAACUUAAUCGGUUUCGUCCACAAUAAUGAAGUAAUAAAAGUGUUAAUAAAAGUGGGUGCGCCAUUCGAUACGUGCCGCGCAAUUUUAAUUAAUAUCGACUCAAAGAGGUUGCAAUAUCCAUUCAUUACGAUCCGACUGAUGAAUCUAACGAUCCAUUAAUCCAAGAAUUAAUUAUGGGAGCACUGACACUUUGUUCCCCUAUAGUCAGAAAAUAUGGAUCAACACAUGUGCUGUUCAGUAUUUAUAGCACGUGAGGAACGGGGGAUCAAUUUUUUUUCUAAAUAAAAUUUGAUUGGAGAAUAACUCCGAAUGUUUGCCAAAGCAAUACUACGAGUAAAUAUUGUAAGCUGGGUACACUGCAUUUGUAUGAAUGCAUAGUUUUUAUUGUAUAAGCUUUGUGUGCGCUUUUUAUGUAUUUUCCGAAUCGGGACUUAGAUGCAUUAACGCCCUGUUGCUAACCAAUAACAAAAAUACCACAACAGUUAAUUUCUACGUUGAUUUGUUCAUUAAAAGGACCACAAAAACA